CGCGGAGCCCCGCGCCGGCGCCGUGACGUCACGCCCUGGAGCUGCGGGCCGGGCCGGGCGGCGGCAUGGCGGAGAGCGAAGCGGAGACCCCGGGCACCCCGGGCGAGUUCGAGAGCAAGUACUUCGAGUUCCAUGGCGUGCGGCUGCCGCCCUUCUGCCGCGGGAAGAUGGAGGACAUCGCCGACUUCCCGGUGCGGCCCAGCGACGUGUGGAUCGUCACCUACCCUAAGUCUGGUACAAGCCUGCUGCAGGAGGUGGUCUACCUGGUGAGCCAGGGCGCCGACCCUGAUGAGAUUGGCCUGAUGAACAUUGAUGAGCAGUUGCCAGUUCUGGAGUACCCACAGCCGGGUCUGGACAUCAUCAAGGAACUGACGUCUCCUAGGCUCAUCAAGAGCCACCUCCCCUACCGCUUCCUGCCCUCUGACCUCCACAAUGGGGACUCCAAGGUCAUCUACAUGGCUCGCAACCCCAAGGACCUGGUUGUGUCUUAUUAUCAGUUCCACCGCUCACUGCGGACCAUGAGCUACCGAGGCACCUUCCAGGAGUUCUGUCGGCGGUUCAUGAACGACAAAUUGGGCUACGGCUCCUGGUUUGAGCACGUUCAGGAGUUCUGGGAACAUCGCAUGGAUGCAAAUGUGCUUUUCCUCAAGUAUGAAGACAUGCACCGGGACCUGGUGACCAUGGUGGAGCAGCUGGCCAGAUUCCUGGGUGUGUCCUGUGACAAGGCCCAGCUGGAGUCGUUGAUCGAGCAUUGCCACCAGCUGGUGGACCAGUGUUGCAACGCGGAGGCCCUGCCUGUGGGCCGGGCACAUUGCCUCUUUACUCAGAAGAUCGCCUUGAGGUGGCGAGGAUGCAGGGGCUCGGGGAGCCGACUGCAUUGCAUAAAUUUGGUUCAUGUCACAGCAUAAAUUGUCUUGAUUCCAAAUCCUAAACCAGGAAGAGUCGGGCUAUGGAAAGACAUCUUCACCGUCUCCAUGAAUGAGAAGUUUGACCUAGUGUAUAAACAGAA